AUGUCCCUAAUGGGAAUACAAUUAACAAAAACAUGUUUAAUAUUAUUAAUAAUUUACAUAAAUCCUGCUAAAGCGACACGUGAGGUUAAAUUUUGCAACUUAGACUAUCGCUGGAGUCCCAAUUACUUUUCAAAUUUCACCACCUAUCUGGAAAAUAAUUCCGUUUAUGUGGACAUAAAUAUCAUAAAACUCAUAGACAAUGGUUUCAAGGGACACAUUGAGUUCCAGAUACGUUUGGAGGGCUCUAAACACUAUCAGACUCUCUUCUCUUAUACUUUGGAUAUCUGCAAUAUGGUAAUUUCCUUUAAGAAUACGAUAUUUAAAAAAUGGUUUCGCAGCUUUUUGAAAUAUGGUAACUUUAUGCAAAAUUGUCCAGUGUAUAGUGGGCAUUAUUAUUUGAAUGGUUGGAAAUUGGAUCCGGUUUUGAUACCUACAUAUUUGUAUGCAGGGGAUUAUCGUAUAAAGGGUUAUGGUUUUUAUGGUAAAUAUAAAAGUAAGGAGGAAGAUUUUGUUUUGGCUGUAGAUUUGGAAAUAACUGUUACUUAA